UACUAUGUGUUUUAUUUCACUCACAACUUUUGCAUUACAACUUGAAUUGCAUUAAUUCAGUUUGCAUUAACAACUAGAUGGCAAGUCCUUCACCGAAUAUAACAUAGAAUAAACCAUCGUCAUCUAUCCCAUCACUACAAAUUCUAUAAAUACCGUUCGUUUAUUUCGUCAUCGAAGAAUCACACUUAUUCAAGACAACUUCCGCAAUGGCUACCAAAUAUACAUUGUUCUACAAACGCACUUUAUCAGCUAGAUUUUCUACACGCAUAUAUCAACCGAGCAAUACACUAACUAGAGCUUUAACUUUCAAAGUAACGAGGCAAAACCCAGAGCUAAUCCCUCCAGCAAAGCCCACACCACAUGAAUUCAAACCUCUCUCCGAUUUCGAUAAUCAUGAAGGCCUUCGUUUCCAAGUUCCAGUCAUACAAUUCUACCGCAAAAAUCCCUCCGUCAAAUCGGACCCCGUUGAGGUUAUCCGUAAAGCUAUCGCUAAGGCAUUGGUUUCCUACUACCCGUUUGCCGGGCGGCUAAGGGAACACGCCGCCAGGAAGCUGGCGGUGGAGUGCAACGGCGAGGGGGUGAUGUUCAUUGAGGCGGAUGCUGAUGUGGCGUUGGAGCAGUUUGGUGACGAACUUCAGCCCCCGGUGCCAUGCUUUGAGGAGCUGCUUUAUGACGCGCCUGGUUCCGGUGGAAUCAUCAAUGCUCCGAUACUGCUGAUACAAGUCACGCGCCUGAAAUGCGGCGGGUUCAUCUUCUCCCUCCGCUUCAACCACACAAUGAGCGAUGGCGCAGGGAUUGCCCAGUUCGUAUCCGCCGUCGGGGAACUCGCCCGCGGCGCCGGAGUCCCUUCGACUCCCCCAGUUUGGGAAAGACACCUCCUCAACACGUCAUGCACGCACCACGAGCACAAAGACAUACCGGACAUCCUAAAAACCCUCACCACGCUCAACGAAGUGGUGCGCCGUUCCUUCUCGUUCGGCACCGACCAGAUCUCCGCCCUCCGCAGCCAUCUCCCGCCGCACCUCCGCCAUUGUACCACCACGUUUGAAAUCCUGACAGCAUGCCUCUGGCGGUGUCGUACAAUCGCCCUCUCUCCGCACCCUGAUGAAGAGGUUGGGAUCCUAUGGGCCAUGGAUUCCCGAAGACGGUUCAAUCCACCAAUCCCCGAUGGGUACUACGGUAAUUGUUGCAUUCACCCCACAGCCAUAACCACAAGUGAGAGCUUAUCGAAAAACCCGUAUCACUAUGCAGUGGAGCUCUUGAGGAAGGCGAAACUCGAUGCAAUGGCGGAUCCAAUGAUGAUCAAACGUCUGUCCCGUUUUUCGUUUGUUGGGGGUUAUGCAGUAUCUGAUGCAAGGCAUUUGGGCUUCGAGGAUGUGGAUUUCGGGUGGGGAAAGGCCGUUUAUGGAGGCGUGGCCAAAGGAAACAUUGGUUUCGUUCCUGAGCUAUUGAGUCUUUACUUGCCAUGCAAAAAUGACAAGGGUGAGAAUGGAAUAGUUGUUUCCAUUUGUUUAUCCGAAAACGCAAUGGAAGUGUUCACGAAGGAGCUUGAAAUGUUGGUGGAAAACAAUGAUAAUAAUCCAAUGCUUGCAUCAAAAAGCUAGAGAUAUAUUUGUUAAGCCUUCCAAAAUAAAUUUCUCUUUUCAUUUCGAAAACUUGUAAUUGUUAUGUUUUUCAAUCUUACAUAUAUUAAAGAGGUCAUUUGAGAUAAACCUUAAGAUAUAUUACUUCAAUAGCACUAGAUCGAACCAUCUUUCAUUAUUGUGAUCAAAAUGUUGAUCGAGUGCAGAGGCUAAAUGAUAAAUGCAGAUGGCCAAAAUGUUGAUCGAGUGCAGUUUUGCUACUCUAAUUUUAGAUGGGUGUGGGAUGGAGAUUUUGUAUUGUUUAUGAGA